GCAGUUCUGCCUGGGGCAGGCAAACCCCUCCCCGUGACACUCCCAAACGGGAAAUGUGCAACUCCAAGCGACGACCUUACGGCAGAAAGCUCUAUUUGUAGCUUUCUGGGUCGUUUACGGCUAACCAGAAGCAUCCUCUCUCGCUAAAACAAGGGGCUGCUGGGUAAUGGCCACUCUCGGGUUUGUAUUCAUUCUGGCCGCCUGUAUCCUGUCGGCUCCUCAGACGCGGGCACGAAACGACGCUCCCUGCCAGAGAUCCAAAUGGAACAACGGCUACAACACGUUUGUCAGGCGUCACAUCCGCGCGGGGCUGCCCGCCUCUCUGGAUUUGAAUGAGUGGAGGAGCUACAUCAAGAACAAUGGCGGCUGCGAUCGACCGACUCAGUCCUUCCUGCACCCAAAAGACCUGGACAGGGUGAGGGCCGUGUGCACCAGUAGUGGGGGGAAGACGUUCAAGGACAACCUGUGCAUCAGCCGGGAGCCCUUCUCCUUUGUCACGGUGAGGAGUGAGCACGGGACCUGUGGAAUCAAGAACAUCGUCGAGGAAAGCAAACAUCUGAUCCUGGCAUGUGAGGUGCUGGAAAACCAGUGCGUGCCGGUCCACUUUGAGGGAAACCCCACAAGUGCGAAGCCCAGCAACAAUGCCAGAGGGUGCCAGGACCCAGAAAUCAGAGGCCACGCGCCGGUCUUGAAAACAACAUGGUUGUGCUUGCUGUCUGCCGUGUUCGUUCUGUUUGCCUAAUGUAAGGCAUUGAAUGAGUAAUUAGAGAUUUUAUCAUUUCAAUAUUAUGCAACUCUCUUGCUCAUGCGUGUGCCCAUUUAUGACUGUGCUUUUUAGAUGCAAAGAUGACUUCCCAUGAGAAGACUUCACUGAUAUUGUAUGUAAUUAAAUGACAAAUUAAAAAAGGGAAAUGAGGUUGUCUUUGGUGGCCCCUACAACUAAACCAUGCAGCAGCUCUCAUCUUUUCAGUGAUGAUGUGAAGAAUUUUAUUUUCCCAAACUCUGUAAUUACAACUUCCAACAAGCGGUAGAGGUUCUUUCCUUCACACAGAAGACAAAUGUAUUUAUACUUUAUUAUAUGGAAGUGAAUAUGUACGGUAUAUUCCAAUAUCUGCACUUAGUUUGUUCUCCGUGUAGCUUUUUAACAAAUGCCACCCUGCUUUUCUAAUACCAUACAUUUCUAUUUUUCAUACAGAAACUUGUGCUCAAUUCCGUUGAAUGCUUCCUUUAAGUCUAUAAAAGUGCUUUUAACAUAAAUUUCCUCAAUUCAUCAUGCCUUGUUAUGACUAAUGGAAAGUCAAACACGUCAAACACUCUUUUUCAAGGCGAAGGAUGGGAAACGUUUUUUUUUUUUUUUAGGUACACUGCAGGUUACAUAGUCACACAACAGUUUUUCACCUUGAUUACACUAACAAAAUGUUUAAGCGUUUUCAUGUUCAGUCUGGAAUCUGACAGCGCCCAUCAACCACCACAAGGUGGCAGGAGAGCCGCUUGUAACUCCCAUCUAUCUAUUUCUCUAGCCGCUUAUCCUCAGUGGGGUCACAGCUCUGUCCCAGCCUACUUCGAGCGAGAGGCGGGGUACACUCUGAACUGAUCACCAGCCAAUUGCAGGACACAUGUUUAAAAAAAAAGUAUUUUCCCCUCACACAUUAACACCUAUGGGCAAUUUUAGGGUCUUCAAUUAACUUACCGUGGAUGUUUUUAGGAACCCACAUGAGCACAGGGUGAAAACCCAAACCACACAGUGAGGCUGGAUUUGAACUCCUGACCUUAGAAAUGUGAGGCAGAUGUGCAAACCAUUGGACCAAUGUGCCACCCCUGCUGCCAGUGAAAAACGCAAUGGCCCUCCCCUUACUUAGGAAAUGUAGAUGUUGCAAUUACAAGUUAGCCUUUGGAAAUGUCAGAGUUGCAUAACUAUUUCAUUUACUUCCUCCAAGAAAUAUAAUAAUUACAUGAUUAUUACAUUUUAUACAGGGAAAAAAAACACUCUUUGGUAUGGUACUUUAUUUAAAAAAAAAAAAAAAAGUAAAAUUUAACUUAUUAGUUCAUGGAUUCAUUGUGCAGCUUCUUUUGGUCUGCAAAAUCUGCCCACCAGGGAAAAGUACAAUACAUGCAUACAUAGAGUGUAUAAUGUACGCAAAAAAGACUGUCAACUGCAGUA